AUGAAUCAACAACCUCCAUUGUACCCCGUCGUUCCAGUACAUAUGAAUAUGAUACAGCACAAUUAUCAACCACACGCCAACCUGGGAAGUUAUAUCAUGGCUGGGCAGACUUCUCAAGCGCCUGAAACAUCACAAGCGCCUCAAACAUCCCAAGCACCCGAACCCACUACAACUACUCCUACGAUAUGGCAGGUUCGAAAUCAUGUCACUGCGCCUGCGUAUAUCUCUACCAAGUUUUGCCGCUUUGAAAAACGAGGCGUUGUUGAAAACCAGAGAGUCAACCGCAUUUUGCAUACUAAUGUCAACGCCGAUAUCCAUGCCAAGGUUGCCAGCUUGAGAAAAAUAUACCCGGAGCUGAUUCGCGAUGUCAAAAAACCCACCAAUUGGGACGAUCUUUACUGGCUUUGGGACGCAGCCGAUAUACAGUUGGAAGGUCCAGAAUUCCUCUACUAUGUGAUGCAUCAAAUUGGCGAUGAAAAUGAGCAGCUCGACCGCAAUUUCGACUGGAGGAAACAAGAGAUCGAGGAUUAUGCUAAAUCAUGGGUCAUAAGAAAUAGGGAAUUAGCUUUGAACGCUGUCGCCGGUAGCAUGUACAGACUUUUCUGCUCGGAUCCUGAUGAAAUUGACGACUUCGACGACUUCGACGACUUCGAUCAAAAAUUGAAGCCAAUCCUCAUCAAUACUUUGGAGGCCCAUCGUUUGCAUUUGUUGCGCGACAAUUCUCUCAAUUUUGUCCAUGCCUCAGUUUCUAAUCUACUUCAAUCCUGCAGUAUGCCUCAAAAGUUGCAUCAUCAAGCUGCGAACUCUUCUCGUGCCAGAGCUGUUUCCGACAAAGGAGAUCAUCUAGGACAAUCUGGGGAACGAGUUAAUCGAUCGGCCAUGCCGGUCACAACUGGGGGUCAACCCAUGGCUACACCGGCAGGUGAAAUGAGCCCCGGACCGCAUGGUAUUGGUUCAACACAAGCUCGAUCCAGGUCUAUCUUACAUGGUGGUAGGAAUCUUAGCAUGCCAUUAACUCUGACGACUCAAAGCCAAUCAACACCUGUCAAGCAGGCCGAAAAGAAGGACCUCAACUCAGCUAUUCCGAAUCAACCGCAGACAUACGAUCACUUCAUGGAGAUUCAGCGCAAUAUGCCCACCGGUCUUGAUAUUUCACCACAUCGUCCCGACAGUCAUCGCAACGAUAAUGGGUUUCGCAACAAACCUAGGCCGAGUGGACAUUCGAUUGAAACCCCUCGUAAUAAAAGAAACCAGUGGACAACGGCACAUGGAAAUGCCCACCAAAACAAGUUUGUCCAUCAAUCACAUGUCAAUCAACAAAAUGUCCCCGGUUAUACGACAGUCAGCCCCCCUCGAGCCGUUCAGUCCGAACCUAUUUACGUCCGUAACUUCCAGCCUGCUUCCAAUUCUUUUGGGGAUACCUCAAAUCAGCCCAUGGGCAACGCUGGUUUGGUUGGUUCUCGCAUGGAGCUUCCUAACGAUGCUCGAAAACUUAAGACUUUUCAACGUUCAGACACCAAUCUAUCUCUUAAUCUAGGUCGAAUGGAAGGAGAUCCCAAGCUCCAAAAGACAGACGAAUUCUUGGUAUUUCGCUAUGGCGAUCCUUCUGUACCAAGAAACUCUUAUGGUCGAACUUUGUACUUGAAAGGUCCAGAUUUGAACAUGUUUCGCACUCAUCAGUUAAGUGAAUUGAUGUCCACAGUUGGAAAAGUUGUGUCAAUCAAAUACUUGCUCAAACCUCAGAACAAUGGGCCAGCGUUUGUAACAUUUGAUGCUGAUGUCGUGGCCCUUGCGAUUCAGAGAUUUGAUGGCUACAAGAUGCAUGAUGGACGAUUACUCACAGCAGGAUACCCACACGAUACUAUGAGAGAGCGAUCGAAUAGUAACUCCAGUUACAACAGCUACCAUGGAGACAAUCGCGUUCGUUAUAUGCCCAAUGCUGGGCUUGAUUGUCGAGCUUAUUCAGGCAGAGGCUCGAUAUCACAACAUCGCCCAUCAAGAUCCCAAAGUGGCCAGGUGCCAUUUCAAUAUCCAAAUGGCAAUCAUAUGACUUCAGGCAAUAUCUCCGAGUUUUCCCCACGCAGAUCAAAUUCCAAGCCUGUCCAUUCAUACCCCGCGCCAUAUGCACCAGUUACGCAUCAACAAUCACCAAGAGGAGUUGCGAUAGGUGCUGUUUUAUCGGAAGUUAUGCAGCAUGAAAGAGGAAUUGCACAAUUCCAACAUCAACAACAACAAAAUCAAAUGCCUCUCGCCGUAAUGAACAACAGAACAAAUGCUGCCGGCACUGUCCAUCAUCGAUCAUAUGGUGGAUCCAAUAGAGAAACUCAUCUUCCAAAUUCAAGAUAUGGGCCUGGUCUCACUAUGGCAAAUAUUCCUAGCCUCCCACGUAAUAGAAAGGAGAACUCGCCAAUCAAGCAGACAUAUAUUGGGGAUAUGCAAUCUACAUCUCCCAGGAAGGAUUUAAGUAAUCAUCCGGGCAGCAAACACAAGAAAACAUCAACAUCCAGACAAAAUACAUCAACCGUUACGGCCCCGAUUGUAACCCCUGUCAGAUCACUUUCUCAGUCUCAACUGGAAAGAUUGGCAGCGGAGAAGGCUGUCGGUCAAACACUAGAUGUGGCUUCACCAGAGAAUUCUCCCAGUUGCGUAGUAACAAGCUCGACAACAAAUCAAGUAUUCACCGCAGAACCUGGGGCACUGGAUAUGGAGAUCAUCAAACAGAUACCAGUGACAGAUCCGGUACCUUCAGACUAUAUCAACAAAGUUUUACCAAAGUCGUCGAGCGAGAUAGUAAACGCGAAGGCCUCGGAACCAGUGUCUCAAGGCAAGAUCAAGAAUUCAAAGAAGAACAAAAAGCAAUUCAAAUCUACCAGUAAGAUAGAUAUCGACAAGGAGAACAUCUUUGUUAGCUCAACUCCUGCUAUUAUCUCACCGGUCGACUCUGAAUGCACAAAUCCGACACUCAUUAGCGACGACAGAUUAUCUAGUGGGGACUGGAUCAGAAAACCAAGUGUUUCUUCCGUUGAAUCGAAGUCUAAUGAUCACUUGAAGGAUGCCAUUUUCAAAUCACAGGCUGGUAAGAACGAAACCGAAAAGUUGGUUGAGAGAGAAAAGGCCUCAGCAGAGUCCGUGGGAACUGAAAUCAAACCCGAAUUCAUCCCGACCUCCAAUAUCACGCCGGCUUCAACUCUACCCAAUGUAUCUGCUGUCAAAUCCAACCACAAGAGAUCGAAGACUGGCGGGUCUCUUAAUGAUUCUAUGAGCAAGAGCCGUUCAGCAUCCGCCAAGGAUCUCAAGAAACAGACCCAGUCAAACAAUUCUGAUAAUCACGAUUCUUCAACAGCCGCCACUGGAUCUAUCCGCAAAGCCGAACCCAAGACAGCCAAGUCACAGGAGAAAACCUACCUCGAUGGUGACGCUAAAUUUUCUGGGCAGCUGGAUCAACCAAAGAUGGAUUCAAACAAGAAAAAGUGUGGCUUGCCCGAGGCCAACCAGGAGAAGGGACAACAUACUGUCUCGGGUAUUCCCACCAACUCAUCUGACUGGCCUGCUCUGGCCAUUUCAAAGUCUCCCCCUUCAAGCAUUGCUGAUGGAAAGCCACCACAAUUGCCAGUUCUUCCAGCCCUCAAUCUUCGCCGAACUAAAGAACUAAUCUUACCGGCAUUGCCGCUCAAGCCGCGCCGACCAUCGAAUGAUACACUAGGGAGCGAUGUUUGGCCAUUCGUGAGAAGUUGUAAACGAAUGGUUUUACCAGAAAGUACUGGUGGAUGA